AUGACCCAUCCUACUGAUGAGCGUCAACUCAUUUCUCAGCCAGUACAGUGUUUGCACAAUGCACCCAUGAACAAGUUGUCUGUGGUGGCUGAGAUGGAACUAUGCAUGGGCCCAACACCUGUAUUACAACCACUGCCCUACACCAUUGUCUCCUUCCCUAUUCAUGGGUGCUACAAGGCCAUGCCCAUGCUGCUGGCUGGCCAGGGCCGGAGCUGGAAGAAAGAAGUGGUGACCAAGGAAGCCUGGCUGCAGGACUCACUCAAGGCCUCCAGUUUGUAUGGGCAGCUUCCUGAGUUUCAGGAUGGAGAUCUUAUCCUGAACCAAUCCAAUGCCAUCUGAAAGCUGCUCCUUGGGCUCUAUGAGAAAGACCAGUGGGAGAUGACUCUGGUGUAUGUGGUGAAAGACGAUGUGGAGGAUCUUUGCUGCAAAUACCUUGUCUUUAUCUACAACUACAAGGCAGGCAAGGAGAAGUAUAUAAAGGCAUGACCAGAGCACAUGAAGCUUUUUGAGAUCCCACUGUCCCAGAACCAGGGGGCCCAGGCCUUCAUCUCGGGCAACCAGAUGUCCUUCGCAGACUACAACCUGCUGAACUUGCUGAUUCACCAGGUCCUGGCCCCCAGCUGUCUGGACUCCUUCCCCCUGCUCUUGGCCUGUGUGGUGUCUGUCAGUGUCUGGCCCAAGCUCAGGCCUUCCCCUUCUCCUGGCCCACAAAGCUCCCCAUCAACUGCACCAGGAAGAAGUGAGAACAUGGGACACUCUCUGUACAGGGUGAGGGCUACGUGCCUUCCUGUCUCCAGGAACAAUAAAAUUUACAAGUGA